AUGGCUCAACACAAGCUCCAGACCAACCGAAUGCAAGCCAUUAAGUGCAUCGACAGGAGGGCUCUUAAGGGCAAAGAAGACUCACUCGAGAACGAGAUCAAAGUGCUUAGAAAACUCAAACAUUCAAAUAUUGUUCAAUUAGUGGAGACAUUUGAAGACAAGAAUAAAGUGUAUUUAGUGAUGGAAUUGUGA